AUGGGGAAGGACCAGGAACUGCUGCAGGCGGUGAAGACCGAGGACCUGCUCACCGUGCAGAAGCUGCUGCAGAGGCCCCGGCCAGGGAAAGCAAAGCUCCUCGGUUCUGCAAAGAAAGUGAAUGUCAACUUCCAGGAUACAGAUGGGUUUUCUCCACUGCAUCAUGCAGCCCUUAAUGGGAACCUGGAGCUCAUCUCUAUAUUGCUGGAAUCCCAGGCUGCUGUCGACAUCAGAGAUCAGAAAGGGAUGCGGCCGCUGCAUUACGCAGCCUGGCAGGGAAAAGCCGAGCCUAUGAAGAUGCUGCUAAAAUCUGGUUCAUCUGUUAACGGCCAAUCAGAUGAAGGACAGAUUCCUCUCCAUCUAUCAGCGCAGCACGGCCACUACGAUGUGUCUGAGAUGCUGCUGCAGCAUCAGUCCAACCCAUGCAUUGUGGACAACGCAGGGAAAACCCCCCUGGACCUGGCCUGUGAGUUCGGCAGAGUCGGGGUGGUCCAGUUGUUGCUGUCCAGUAACAUGUGUGCUGCUUUACUGGAACCCAAAAAAGGAGACUCCACGGACCCCAACGGGACAUCUCCUCUGCAUCUGGCGGCCAAAAACGGACACAUAGACAUCAUAAGGCUGCUGAUCCAGGCUGGUAUCGACAUCAACAGACAGACCAAAGCGGGCACUGCCCUGCAUGAAGCUGCCCUCUGCGGCAAGACCGAGGCAGUGAGACUCCUGCUGGAGAGCGGUAUCAACGCCACAGUGAGGAACACCUACAGUCAGACCGCACUGGACAUCGUCUACCAGUUCACUGCAACACAGGCCAGCAGAGAGAUCAAACAGCUGCUACGAGAUGCAUCAGCAGCUCUUCAAGUCCGAGCCCUGAAGGAUUACUGCAACAACUAUGACCUGACCAGUCUGAACAUCAAAGCAGGAGACGUCAUUACGGUUCUGGAGCAACACCCUGACGGACGCUGGAAAGGCUGUAUCCAUGACAACCGAACAGGAAAUGAUCGAGUGGGCUACUUCCCGUCUACCAUGGUGGAGGUCAUCAGCAAGCGUACAGGUUUGGCCAGCACAGUCAUUUGCACUCAACAGUUUCAAAAGAUACCGCUGGUUCCCCCGGCAACGGUUGCCCCUGCCAACGCGGUAGUCAACGGCAACGACACCACGUUCCAUCAGAUCCAUAUCCUGCCUCCACCGCCUCCUCCUCCACCACAUUCCCAUCAGCCACUGCUUCCACUUUUCACUUCCUUUGGCUAUAGCAGGUCGCCCGUGACGACCCCACAGGGAGACACACCCACUGCCCCAGGUUGUCGCGGCUCAGAGGCAAGUCCUCACAGCUCUCCUACCCCGUCCAGCGGGCCCCAUGGAGGCUCCAAUGAAGAGAUCUGGGUACUGCGCAAGCCUGUGGCAGGUGGAGAUCGCAGCAGCGUGGGCAGCUCCGGCAGUGUGACCAGCGUCAGGUCAUCGGGCAGUGGCCAGAGCGCAGGCAGCGCCGCACAUAUACUGCACGCACAGGCCGAAGGUGUUAAGCUUUUAGCUACAGUCUUGUCCCAGUCGGCCAAAGCCAAGGAGCAUUUACUGGAGCAGUCCAAGUCAGUGGACCAGCCCACAGGCUCCACCGGCUCCUCUCGGACAUCAAGCCAAUCGGGCUGUCCGCUCCACGAAGCACCGCCUUACGACGCCGCGCCAACCAGGAAGGGGGAGGGGCCAUGUGAGGGGAAGAGCUCAGAGGCCGUUGUCCAAUGGCUGAGCGACUUUCAGCUGCAGGUCUACGCUCCAAACUUCCUGGGCGCUGGGUAUGACUUGCCCACCAUUAGCCGAAUGACCCCGGAGGACCUGACAGCCAUUGGAAUCACUAAACCAGGUCAUAGAAAGAAGAUGACCUCAGAGAUUAACAAGCUAAGUGUCACAGAGUGGCUGCCUGAACACAAACCUGCCAGUCUAAGUGAGUGGCUCUCUGCCAUCGGCCUCAGCCAGUACCACCAGGUGUUAGUGCAGAACGGAUACGAGAACAUCGACUUCAUCACUGAUAUCACAUGGGAGGACCUGCAGGAAAUAGGCAUCACCAAACUGGGCCAUCAGAAGAAACUGAUGUUGGCGGUGAAGCGACUGGCUGAGAUGCAACGAGGUACAGAUGGGCGGGCCUCCCUCCGAAAGAAGCCCCCACCAAUCACGCAGCAGCAGGAGGUCAUGUCGAUGGACAGUCCCCCCCCAGACGAGGUCAUGUCUCCAAAGAUGAGCACCUUCCAGGACAGCGAGUUGAGCACAGAGCUGCAGAGUGCCAUGAACCAGCCAGGUCAGGAGGUCAAAGUUCAGCGAACACGUACCCUCAGCAAAGACCACGACGAGGUGAUGACAGGGGGAGGCGGAGGGGGAGGAGGAGGGGGAGGAGGAGGGGGAGGCGGUGGGCCACCUAAGAAGGAGGCACGGACUAUGAGGCAGCAGAGCAGCCAGGGCAGUAGCUCCUCCCACAGAGGCAGCAUGUCAUCUCAAGGCAAACACCGGCACUCCCACUCCCACUCCCAGCCAGCGCCGCCUUACACCCCCCCACACACCCCUACUAAGACUAGAACGUCCUCCUCCUCCUCUACCUCCUCCAUCCAGAGUGUACCUUCCCCACAAGCCAAACAACCCAAGCCAUCCCCCCAGUUCAUCCAGGGGGAGAGGCCGCAAUCUCCGCGCUCUCACCCCCCUCAGUCCCCCACCCACCGUGGAGCUCCGUGCAUGCAGGCCCUGCCCCCGCAGCAGCCCCAACCCCAGGCCCAGCCCCCCCAGCAGCAGCAGCCCCAGCAGCAGCAGCCCCCAGCCCAGCCACAGCACCAGGCACACCCUCAACAGAUGAUGGAGGUCAGGGAGAGUGCACCGCCACAGGUGCCCACCCUCUGUCUGCCCCCAGAGGCGGAGCUAACCGAGGAAGACGGAGCAGAGCCCUCAGCUCUUCAGAAAAAACGCGCCCACAGCCUAAAUCGCUAUGCCGUCUCUGAUGGGGAGUGUGAUGAGAGGGCAGGAGGAGGAGGAGGAGGAGGAGGUGAAGGUGAAGCAGAGGCAGCAGGAGUCCAGACUGCUGCUGUUGUCAGAGUGGACGGAGUUAAAUACGCCACCGUUACCCAUCGUGUCAGCCGUAGCCACUCUGUCCGCAACCAGGACAAGACCACAAACCGUGCUCAGACGCAGUCGUUUGCUCUGCGUCAAAAGAAGAAAGGACCUCCGCCACCUCCGCCCAAACGCUCCAGCUCCGCCAUCUCCAGCUCCAACUCCAACCUGACAGAAGCAAACACACCACCACAAACGCACACCACAACAGGAGGGAUGCUGGACGUGCCUUACCACCAACAGCGACGGGCCAGCGACCUGGGCGUGUCUGUGGAGACGGCCGUUGUCGAGACCAACAGUGUGGGGAGCGUGAGGAGCAUCGCCGCCAUGUUGGAGAUGUCUUCGAUAGGAGGUGGAGCUAAAGGCAUGGCACUGCAGAAGAACUUCCUGCAGGUUGGAAAAACACGAGACGCCAUUGGCCUGGAUGGCGAGGUGGUGAACCGGCGGCGGACCAUCAGCGGACCCGUUACAGAGCUGGUGGCGGCGGCCAGGCGAGACCAACCUGCUCCGUCAGUGUCUCUGAGUCCUACUGUCCAGCCCGAAACCUCCCCUCCCCCUGUGUCAUCCUCCUCCUCUUCCCCCCAACCCCCCUCCUCCCCCCACCCGAGCAGCGGCAGUGGGAGUUCAUCAGAGAAUCUUCCGUUUGCAGAGGAGGGAAGUCUGACCAUCCGCCGGCAGGGUCGAGGAGAAGGAGAAGGACAGUGUGUAUUUUGUGUUUGCCUGCAGGGCGACGGGGAGGCCCCCCAGGGAGAGGCGGUGUACACCCAGGAGGACGUGACCAGGGGAGAGGGCAGCGCCACCUUAAAGCGACGGCCCCGCGGCUCCAAGCCCCAACCCAACGGCUCCGACUUCACCCUCCAGGAGUCGUCCACGGUCAAACGGCGCCCCAAGAGCCGCGACAAGGAGCCCGAGGGCUACACGGACCUGGUAGCCGCCAACGGAGAACCGGUGGUCACCGCGCCGGCAAACACCACGCAGCCGGUACCGUACCAGAACGGCACGGCCACCGUCAAACGCCGCCCGCUCUCUGACGCCGGAAUAACGGAGCAGCCGCAGCAUCAGACCCAGGUGACGGCGGCCCCUCGCAGGGACAGCGUGGACCAGGGGGUCCCGGUGGGCCCUGAGGGGGCUCCAGUGAGGAAACCAAAACCUCCAGUGUCUCCCAAACCUGUGGUGGCUCAGAUAAAGAGACAAGGAGGUCCGCAGACCCCCCCACAACCGGUGUCCAACAAGAGAGUCCCCUUACCAGGCCCCGGGACGCCUGGGAGCCCAGUGGAAGGAAAGAAAAUCCCUCCCCCUGUCUCACCCAAACCAGUGCCCCCUCCCACGGCGCCCAAACCAUCCAAGCUCAUCCACUCCAUGACCAGCCCCCCGUCCCCGACCCCCGGUCCCGGUCCAGUCAAGCAGCACUCUGCGGUGACCCGGCAGACCAGCUCGCCGCCGUCCCUCCCGCCCUCCAACACCCCGAGCCCGCCGAACGCCAAGUCGACCAGCCCGACGUCCCAGAGCCCCCACACCCCGCAGACCCCCACCACGCCGCUGACACCCCAGACCCCCCAGACCCCCCAGACCCCCCAGACCCCCGCCACCCCCAGCCCCACCCCGCCGCCCGUCAAGCCCCCUCGCUCUUCUAUCGGGGGCGUGUCGGUGGACAGCGGGAUGACAGGGGGCGGGGUCCCAGCGCCGGCCCCUCCCACCACAGACUUUGGCGUGGACGCUCUGGUGCAUCAGAAGCUGGAGGAGACCAGCGCAUCCCUGGCCGCAGCGCUGCAGGCGGUGGAGGAUAAGAUACUGCGGCAGGAAGACUCUGUGUCCGAGCAGAAGACCACGGUCAGCAUCCUGGACGACAUCGGCAGCAUGUUCGACGACCUGGCCGACCAGCUGGACGCCAUGUUGGAGUAACCGUAGAAGACCGGCGCUCAGCGGGUCUCCAUGGCAACGCUGCAUCGAGGAGUGGCUCAGAUGGCACAAUGGGCAACACACCGGGUCUCUCUCUCUCUCUUCUUCUUCUUCUCUUCGUCUUCAUCCUGCUCUCUUCUCCUUUCACUUCACUCUCUGCGUUUGUCCGCUCUUCCUCCUCCUCCAUUUCUUCCUCCUCUUCUUCCUCCUCCUCCUCCUCCUCCUCCUCUUCCUCUUACCUCCUGACACCGAAGAAUAACGAUGAAGUGCCACAGGCCUGGACAGACGCUUGGCAGAGAGAAAGAAAAGUGGAUGAAGAGAAAGAGAGAUGUUAAAAGAGAGAGAGAAAAGAAAAGGACCAAAACAGGAAGGAGGAAUGAAAAAAAAGCACGCUGAAGGAUGAAGGAAUGCAAAACUACAGAAGACUGCAACGGAAACGUGGCUCUUUGAAGAACUCCACGGUGAACAAAUAAACAAAACUAAUACUGAUUGAAAAACCAACUGUGUAAUGAAUCAUAGUAUGGUAUGUGUACAUUCUAAGCAUGGAGAGUUUAUAUCUACUGAAAAAGUCCUGCAUUAGCACAGUAAUAUAUAUAUAUAUAUAUAAAUAUAUAUAUAUAAUAUACCGAUAAAUAUACAAAUCUCUAGCUCUUUGGUUCGAUGUCUUGGUUCUGUGUGGAAUGGUGACCUCUGGUGUUGUGACGAUGUAAAUGACUUGGUGGAAAUUUUUUUUAUUUGUGACCAAAACGAGACUAUUCAGCUCCUGAGGUGUGUGUGUUUGAGUGUGUGUGUGUGUGUGUGUGUGUGUGUGAGACAGAAAGAGAGAGAGAGACAAUGUGACAGAUGUGUGUAUGUGGACUGUCGACUUUUCAGGAAUUUGUCAUGUUACUUUCCUGGCUGCAUCUGCUACAUCCUCAUCAACACACACACACACACACACACACAGGAGAAGCACAAUGACUCAUGCAGCCAGCUUACACACACACACACACACACACUUACACACACACAAACACACACACAAACACACACACAGGAGUCUGCACAAUAUGAACAG